CGUUUAUCAAGCGAUUGUGUGAUUUGUCAUCGCUUGGCGCGCCGGAAGUUGUCCGCACGUCAUAUUCAUGCGUCGUGCGCGCCCACCGUUGAUCGCACGCAGGAUUGAACGUCUACAGCUACAAACAUGGCUCGAAACGCAGAGAAGGCCAUGACGGCCCUGGCCAGGUUUCGUCAAGCCCAGCUGGAGGAGGGCAAGGUCAAAGAGAGAAGACCGUUUCUAGCGUCGGAGUGUAAUGAGCUCCCUAAAGCGGAGAAGUGGAGGAGACAGAUCAUCAGCGAGAUUUCAAAGAAAGUCGCUCAGAUUCAAAACGCUGGUUUGGGUGAGUUUAAGAUUCGCGAUCUGAAUGAUGAAAUCAACAAACUGCUCCGAGAGAAAGGGCACUGGGAGCACCGAAUCAAGGAACUGGGAGGCCCUGACUAUAGGAGAGUGGGGCCGAAGAUGUUGGACCAUGAGGGUAAAGAGGUGCCGGGAAACAGAGGAUACAAGUAUUUCGGUGCGGCCAAAGACUUACCAGGAGUCAGAGAGUUGUUCGAAAAAGAGCCUGUGCCAGCGCCCAGAAAAACACGAGCUGAGAUGAUGAAGGAGAUAGAUGCGGACUAUUAUGGCUAUAGAGAUGAGGACGAUGGUGUUUUAGUACCGUUGGAACAGGAAUAUGAGAAACAAGUCAUAGCAGAGGCUGUGGAGAAAUGGAAAGCAGACAAAGAGGCUCGAUUAGCUGUUGGUGGAGGUGUGAAAGACACGGAAGAGGAGGAGGAAUAUAUUUACGCUGUCAGGGAUGAAGAGUCUGAUGAUGAAAUGGGAGAACAGAUGGAGGGAGAAGAUGGUUCACAGGCGUUCAUCGCUCAUGUUCCUGUUCCCACGCAGAAGGAGAUUGAGGAAGCCCUGGUGAGACGGAAGAAAAUGGAGCUGCUGCAGAAAUACGCCAGCGAGAGUCUGAUGGCACAGAGUGAAGAGGCCAAAGCAUUGCUGGGUUUAUAGAGGCAUCGGUGUGUUGGGCUGGAAUGGGGUCAUAGGUCUUACACAGCCAUGAUUGUUAAUGUGAACGAACGCUGAUGCCAGAGCUGGCAUUAUUUGAUGACAUGUGCUGUAUAAGAAACAGAAUCGAUGUGGUUGAAGAUGCUUCUGAACAUCAAAGUGCAAGCUGAAAAUAUUCAUCUAGAUUAACUUGACAUGAUCAGUGUGAUGCAGAUCAACAUGUAGUGGUUUAGCUGCUAUUUGGACUAUACUUUUGUCAGUGUUGUUAUGCUGAUCAUGUCAAAUUGUGUCUUACAUUUAAGUACGAACCGUUUUUUUGUUUUUGUUUCGUUUUGCAAAUUGGUUCUUUAAAAUGGAAAAACAACUUAAAUUGUUCAUCCUUCAUUUGUUCAAACUGUGGAAGGACAAGAAAUCUCUGUAAAUAUUUUGUAUGCCAUGUUCACUUACCCUUCUUGGACAAGUAAACUGCUUUUUUUACAACACUG